CUACGUAACUUCACCCAUUCGACUUUGCGUCCCCGUAGAGGGAGCCGGACACGACCGUCUCCACACAUUUGGGAAUUUUGAUUUGUGGUUGGCAUUUUCUCCGUCGAUAUAACCUGAGAUUUCUAUGACAGAAAGAAGUGGAAUAUUACUCUGAAGGAGCCUCCAGUACAAGGAAUUUGAAAGUGGGCUGCGUCACUGAGUGUGAAGGAGAGCAACCAUGGCUGAAGUGGCGAGCAUGAGCAACCUGGAAACCAUGGAGACUGUUGAUAGCAUGAAUGACACAGAGGAGGUUCACACUGAGGAAGAGGAGGUUCACACUGAGGAAGAGGAAGAAGAAGAAGAAGAAAAAAUCACAGAGGGGGUCCAAAGCUCAAAUGACAACGCAACGACAGCAGAUGAGGCCAAGGAGGAUAAGAGUGCAAUGGAAGAGGAAAAGGCUGACACAGUCAAAAGUGAUGCACAGGCUAUGCAGGAUGUAAAGAUGGAUGCAGAGAGUGUGAGUGAGGAUGUUAACAUGGAGGAUGUACAAAGCAGUGCUGAUACUGAAAAGGUAAACAAUGUGGCCAGUAUGAAUGGUGAUGCCAAGGAGCCUGAGACACAAACUAUGAAUGGAGUUGAGAGCAUGGAUGAGGACAAAAAGAAAACUGACAGUCAAGCAGACGCUAAGACUGAAACCAAACGGACGAGGAGCAGGAAAGGAGCCAGAGGGGAAGGGAGAGCUCAGAGGGACGCCAGCAUGACAGACAUAAAGAACAUUGCCGAUGUCGUAUGUGAGGAAGAUGAUAAUGUAAAUGAAGUGCAGAUAAAACAAGAGAAACUCUUCAAAGCCGCUAAGCCAGUGCAGAGGAGCUACGUGCCAAAGAUUGGAAAAGGAGACGUAAAGAACAAGUUUGAGGCCAUGCAGAAGGCCAGGGAGGAGCGCAGCCGGGCAAGGAACCAGGAUGAGCAGGCUAAGAGGAAGGAGCAGUACAUCAAGGAGAGAGAGUGGAACCGCCGCAAACAGGAGAUAAAAGAGCUCUUAGCAUCCAGCGAUGAGGAGGACGUGAAACCGGCAAAAACGGAGAAAUCGUAUGUUCCCAAGAUCACAGGCAGCGUGAAGGGAAAGUUUGCUGAGAUGGAGAAACAGAGGCAAGAGGAGGAGAGGAAGAGGACAGAGGAGGAGAGGAAGAAACGCGUUGCACAGGAAACCCUGGAGAAGGCAAAGAUCCAGAAAGAGCUGGCCAAGAAGGCCGAGGAGACACACUCUACUUUACAGGAAGGAGACGAUACCAUCCUGGUGCGAGUGGUCCCAGCCAAGCCAUUCAAACCUCCAGGUAAGAUUAAGAUGAACUUCGAGGACAUGGAGAAGAGCCGUGAGGAGGAGGAGAAGAAGAAGGCCGAGGAGGAGAAGAAGAAGAGAUAUGACGAGAACAGGCGCUCCUUCCGCGAAGUUAAGCGCCGCUCCAUGGCCCCACAGAAUGAGGAGGAUGUGCAGCCCAGAGAGAGGGAGCAGGUGUGUCCUGGCAAGCUGAAGAUGACGUUUGAGGAGCUGGAGAAGGAGCGGCAGGAGCAGCAGAGGAGGCAGGCUGAGGAGGAGGCCAAGCGGCGCCUGCUGGAGGAGAAGAAAGCCUUUGAGGAGGCCAAGUCCCAAAUGGGGGAUGAUGAGGAAAGCAUGCAAGAUGACCACGGAGACAAGGAGGAGUUCAGGCCAGGCAAGCUGAGGCUGAGCUUUGAGGAGCUGGAGAGGCAAAGAGUGGAGGAGGAACGCAAGCGGGCGGAGAAGGAGGCCAAGAGACGGAUGGAGGAGGAGAGGAGAGCUUUCGCAGAGGCCAGGAAGAGCAUGCUCCUAGAUGAGGACGACGACAUCUUGCUGGCCAUGAUCAAUGCUGAGGGUGCCAAACCGGGGAAGCUGGGCAUCAGCUUUGAGGAGCUGGAGAGGCAGAGGAGGGAGGAGGAGCAGAAGAGAAAGGAGGAGGAGGCCAAGCGCCGCUUGGAGGAGGAGAAGAGGCUCUUUGCCGAGGCUCGCAAGAGCAUGAGCCCAGGAGGGGAUCAGGAAAGGUCAAUGACUUCAUAUGGAGAUGGAGAAGUACAGGACGAUGAGGAGGGUCUGGUGAAGACAACAUCUCAGGAAGCCCUGCACCCUGGGAAACUGGAGAUCAACUUCGAGGAGAUGCUGAAGAUGAAAGAGGAGGCCGGGAGGAAACGCAAGGAGGAGGAGAGGCGGAAGAAAAUGGAGAUGGAGAAGAAGGAGUUUGAACAGCUCCGACAAGAGAUGGAGGAGGAUGAGGUGAAUGAAAGCUCGGAGACGGUGAGUGCUGAGUAUGCAGAGCUCACAAAGCUGAAGCGAACUGGUUCCAUUCAAGCCAAGAACCUGAAGUCCAAGUUUGAGAAGAUCAAACAGCUGACUGACGAGGAGAUCCAGAAGAAAAUUGAGGAGGAGAGAGCGAGAAGGAAAGCCAUUGACCUUGAAAUCAAAGAGAGGGAAGCGGAACGAUUCCAGGAGGAUGAAGAGGAAAACAGACAUGACGCUGCAAAAGAGAUGGACGCGCCAUUUAAGCAGAAGGUGGACAUGCGUGCACGCUUUGAGCAAAUGGCCAAGGCCCGCGAGGAGGAGGAGAGGAGGAGGAUUGAGGAGCAGAAGUUGCAGAGGAUGCAGUUUGAACAGCAGGAGAUUGAUGCGGCUCUCCAAAAAACAAAGGACGAUGAGGAAGAGGAAGAGGGAAGCAUCAUCAACAGCUCAGCAGCCUACGAUGAUGAAGAGGACCACGCCAGGUCCGGGGCCCCAUGGUUCAAAAAGCCCCUGAAAAACCAGUCAGUGGUGGACGCCGAGCCCGUCCGGUUCACAGUGAAGAUCACAGGCGAGCCCAAACCCGAGGUCACCUGGUGGUUCGAGGGAGAAAUGCUCCCGGACAGCGAGGACUACCAGUACAUUGAGCGCGGGGAGACAUACUGCCUCUACCUGCCGGAAACCUUCCCUGAGGACGAGGGAGAGUACAUGUGCAAAGCCGUCAACAGCCGAGGCACAGCCGCCAGCACAUGCAUCCUCACAGUGGAAACGGAGGACUACUGAUUCACCCCUUCUGUGGAACUUUCCCCUUGGUUUUUUUCUGUUGUUUUUUUGUAAAUCUUGAUCUUCAUUUCUCAUGGUAGGGCCAAACAAUAGGGAGGAGGCAGCAGCAUUACAUUAUUAUGUCAUAUUUUCUUUCUUUCUUUCUCUUACCAUUCCUCCAAAGGAGAACAUAAACUGCUAUCAGUGCAAAAAUGUUGUUUACAUAUAACUGUACACAAACCUGCACUUACUCACAGUAAUCAUGCUCAAAUCUAAAAGAAAUCUGUGCCAAAACUCAAGUUUUGCUCCCAUGUGUGGUUGCUAUCAUGAAUUGUGCAUAAAUUAUACUGUUUUUAAAACUCUUACAUGAAACUUUUGCAGGGUUUGGUCCGAGACCCUCAUUAUACUGAUGAUUUCCAACAGUAACAAAUAAGAUAAAAUUAUCUAAAAUGAUAUUCCUUCUUAUGAUUUGAUGUUUCUUUUUUAAGCUCAAAAUGAGUAUCAAAAGUGUAGUUUUGCAUACCAAUUAGAAUUUCUGUUUAGAAUCUUUUACUUUUACAUUUUGUGAUUUAAGUAUCUGAUUUAUGUUCAUUAUGACUGAAUGUAAGUUUUCAUAUCUCCAAAAGUUUUUCAUGUACCGAAUGUUGACUCUAGCAGAAUUGACAUUAAGGCACUGUAAUAGCACUAGCCUAUAACAGUAGUUACAAAUAAGGCUUUGGUUAGACAGAAUAUUUCUGAUAAAUGAAAAUUAUAAUAAAAAAAAACUUAAAAUAGCAAUCUGGUGACACCGGUGUCUUUUUCAUAGUUAACGUAACAUAAUUUGGUUCAAGCAUGAGUUACAAUAAAUCACCAAGUUGUCAAUAUCAGAGUUUGUUGGAUGAUGUCUUCUAUUAAGAUGAGGCUUGGCUCAGAGUUUGGCAACCUUAACUCUCAAAAGAGCUAUUUUUUGACCAGAAAUAAAAAAAAAAGAAAUCUGUCUGGGGCCACACAAAUAUGUGAGCCCAUGAAAUCCAGGGAGGCCUCAGCAUAUUGGUCUGAAUUAGCUUCACACACCAUCACCUAAAUCAGGGGUUGGAUGUACCCUGUUGGAAGUACCCUAACCGUUUUACAUUGCCCAAUGUUUUUCUCCACAUUAUAAUAAUCAGAAUCAUGAUGAUAAUUAUAACAAUACAAUUCUGUUAGCAUGUAAUAACCUUAACAUUUCUGCUCAGUGUUCAAAUGUUUUCCCUGACGAUCUACACAAACAAAUUUGAUUUGUUUUACUCCAAAUAUUUUUACACUAUUACUGACCUGGUAAGACAUAGACUGUAUAAAUAAUGAAAAGUCCAGCAAAGUAUAAAGGUAAAGUAAGGAGCACCAGGAUAUGACAUAUUAAGCAGAUACAUUUCAGCUGACAGUUUUCAAAACAUUUCUCUGUUUUUUUUAUACAUUUUACUCUGGGUAUAGGCUACACAUUUCCAGUAGUUAAUAACGUAAGGAUGGUAGCCUGGAGAUUCCAGACCCAAAUCCGAAAGAUUAAGGGUCUGCCCAUGACUAAUGUAAUGGCCCAUGGCCCAGUACUAUUUUCAAUAGUACUAUUUCAAUUUUAGACAAAAAGCCAGGGAGUCACCAGAGAGGGGCUGAAGGGCCACGUGUGGAGCUGACCCCUGGUCUUGACCUAUUCAGGUCAAGGCAGAAUAGUAGGCAACCCAUCUCCUCAUGCACCCACACAUUGUUUUGGCUUUGUCAUAAAUUAGGGGAGAAUGGGGAUGGUUGCAACAAGGGGAUCAGGAAUGAUACAGUGAUGAUAUACUGCACAUGCUCAGUUAACCUCUCCUCCUUCCUGGGAGAAAGCAGCCAUGUGGCCAUUUUUUCUACAAGAAUAGCCUACUUUUCAAGGUAGGCCUAAAAGUAUAUGUUUUUUUAUGGAUUAAUAAAGAACACAUUUCAAUA